AAACCACGCCGUCGGGGCCAAAACAGGCUCAGCGCCAAAAACCCAUGCUUUUUCCCAUGAGCGGCAUGUGCUUUACAGCGCCCGGCGUUUUGCUGCCCACGUACCGCUGGCGUGCUCCAUUCUGUUAAUAGUCGCGUGGGGCCGCCUGCGAUUCUUCGCGUCCACUACUGGCCGCACCCCAAACACGCAGGCCCUAAGAGUACUGCUGUUUUCUUUCCAGCGACUAGGCAGCACCUGGAACAACACCCCACCAGAGCGGCCAGAACACCCGGCCAGACAUAAAAAAACCAUUGGCACACAAACACACAAACACACAAACACACCAACACACCAACACAAAAACACCAACACAAACACAAACCCCCAAAAAACGCCCGUCUCCCCAUGUCGCUCCACGGAUCAGCGACCGAUUUGGCGGCCGGCGCCAGCGCCCCCCACGCCGACCCCCGCCGCAAAAAACGACCCCAGCGGGCCUUCCACGAUACGCAGUUUGCGCUGCCGCACGCGCCGUUUGCGGCACCCGCCCAGCCGUUUGCCCUGCCGUCGCUCUUUUCCGCCGGAAGUGUAUCUCCGGGCGCCAGUCCGCUGCCGUUCUUUACGCCCGUGCAGCCCAGCACGCCGCUGUUUCCGCAAGGCGCCCACGUGCCAGCACAGGCGUUCUCGCCCGCCGCUGUUGGCGGCCCGGCGGCGGCGCUCACGCCCGCAAUGGCGGCACUCAGCGUGUCCCAGCUCCCUGAAACGGCGUCCCCACAGCCGCCCGGGCUCUCCUUGAGCAGCGCCCGGCACGCGCAGCAGCACGAGUUCUGCACGCCGCUCGCCGCCGAAAAUGGCGCGUCUUUGGGGUACAAGCAGUUUCUCUCGUUCCAGAACAUCGUGCCGCCCAUCGCCGGCACCCAGUACCACGCCGUGGACCAGGGCACGGCCACGCCGCGGCACAUGCGCACGACGUUCUACAACGUGCCGGAGCUGGAGGCGUUGCGGCGCGCCACGCGCUUGCCUGUGGCGGUGACGGUGCGGCCGUUUGCGCCGGUGCUUCCGACGGAAAUGCCGGUGCCCACCGUCGACCACUCCCGGCUUGGCGAGACGCCCGGCGGCGACGCCCUGGACGCCGGCCCGCCGCGCUGCAACCGCUGCCGCACGUACAUCAACCCGGCCAUGGCCCACACGCCGCUGGGCCGCUUCACAUGCAACGUGUGCCAGUUCCCCAACAACAGCGUGCCCCCGGAGUACGUGGCGCCCGUUGACCCCGCCACGGGCCAACGCACCGACCAGGCCGUGCGCCCGGAGUUGCACCGUGGUGUCUACGACAUCGUGGUGCCCAAGUACUACAACUUCGGCGGCGCGCACGUCGAGGCACAACCGCUCCACCACGUGUUCUUGGUGGACAUCUCCCACCAGAGCGUGGCCCGCCACUUGCCUGUGCUCUUGGCGGACGCCAUGCGCGCCGUGUUCUUUGACUACGCGGCGGCCGGCGGCGCGGCGGGCGCGGCCGCCAGCUUGCGGUUCGCCAUCAUCUUGUUCGACACAAAAAUGCAUUUUUUCAACUUGGCCCCGCACUUGGACGCGGCGCAGCUCUGCGUGUCGGGCGACUUGGACGACCCGUUCGUGCCCUUCAGCGUGGGCCUUUUUGCGGACCCAGACCGCAGUCGUUUGGCCAUUGAAGAUGCCUUGAACAAGCUCGAGCUGUUCUCCCACGAGCAUGCGCUGCGCGACCCGGAGCCCUGCUUCUCCGUGGCCUUGCGCACCGCGCAGCUCUGUCUCGAGCCCGUUGGCGGUGGGAAAAUUACCCUGGUGUUGUCCACGUUGUCGUCGUGGGGGCCCGGCCGCUCCAAGAUCAAGCAAAAUCGAAAUGUGGGGCGCACGCAGCUGGCUGAAGCCGAAAAGGCCUUGUACUCGCCCGACAACGAGUACUACAAGCUUCUUGCUAAGGACUUCCUUGCCCUGAAUGUCGGGCUUGACGUGUUCGUCGUGUCCGACACACCCGCAGACCUCUCGAACGUUGGAUGGCUUGCCCUGGUCACAGGGGGCUCUGUGUCCAAAUGGCUGGACUUUGUUUUCGAGCGUGACGGCCGUUCAUUCACCGCCCAAAUUGUGGCCUCCGUGCGCAAGUGCACGGGAUACCAGGGCCAGUUGAAGUUGCGCUGUUCAAACGGUUUACAGGUCUCGCAGUACUACGGCUUUCCCACAACCGCCGAUGGCGGCAUUGUUGGGUUUGCCGCAGGUGCACUGCAGGACCCGAUAAUUCCCGUCCUCAACGAAGACCAGAGCUUCACUGUGCUUUUGGAGUACGAUGGCCAACUCAACACAAAAUACGACUGUCACUUCCAGGCGGCGCUCCUCUACACAGACCCCCAAGGAGUACGGAAGGUGCGUGUCAUCAACUUGGUGCUUGCUGUGAGCGAGCGGCUUCUGGACGUGUUUAACUUUGUUGAUCAAGAUGCUGUGGUGGCCACAGUGCUUCGUGAUACCAUCUCUUUCUUAGGAAAGGAGUCUAUUGAUGAGUUGAGGAAGUCCCUCAACGAGAAACUCGUGGAAAUCUUCACCGCGUACAGAGCCAUGAGCGAGCCUUCUCACAACAGAAACAGCCCGAUGGCCAACCAAUUGGUAUUUCCCGACUCACUCAAGCACCUCCCCAGCUACUUUUUGUCUCUCAUCAAGUCCAAGGCAUUGCGUGACUCCUCCUCAAUUUCUCUGGACACACGCUUAUGCGACAUCUUCCAGAUGUUAUACAUGCCUCUCGACAAGCUCGUCUUUCAUUUAUAUCCGGCUAUGGUAGAGUUGCACUCUUUGGCAGAAGAUGAGGGGAUGCCUUACGACGACCCAGAGAACACCGACGAUUUCAUCAAAUUGCCGGAGUUCAAGAGUUUGACUGCAGCUUCUUUGGAGAGCGGCGUAUACAUCCUUUGCGAUGGCACUACCGUCUACGUAAGAGUUCAUCCAGAUUCUAACAAAUUAUUGCUCAAGGAUGUUUUCGGCGAUCACAUCGAGAGCUGCGAAGAUAUCGACCCUUUACUAGAUUCAUUGCCUGAUUUACCCACGCAUAUUUCGCAACAAGCCAGAAACUUGGUGCGGUACUUCCGCGAGAAUGUCAUUGGAUGCGAUUCAAUUGGCUCGUCGGCCAUUGUCAUAGUCAGAGAUGGCAUGGACUCAAGGACACAUGAGUUCAGAGAUUGCCUAACCGAAGACAAGCUUGCUUCGAAGGCCUUAAACACUAGUCCGAAUUACUCGGAAUUUUUGUCAGCAUUGCAUAAAGCCGUGAAAGUGAAGCUCGAGAACGAGAAGAGACCUCGCGAAAAGACUAAAGACGUUGUUCACAACAAUGAGACUCUAGCUCAAAGAAUGAUCCAGUUCUGAUGGAUCGAUGUAAAUAAAUAUACCAAGAUCUGCAGUACAAGGCUGUACCCGUUUGUAUAUUACGUUUCAUACACAGGUCUUCUAAUUCAAAACUUCAUUUCUGCAAGCUGGAUUGUUUCACGUAAAAGUGACAUGAUGUUAGCGUCUUUCGUAGUA